ACACGAGGAAGAAGUUCCAUCGCUCUCCCCUGAGUGCGGGAUCAUUGUUCUCUGCGUUCGAUUAUCGUGUCCUGGUUGUGUUGGAAAGGCCUAGACUCUUCUUGCUUGGAGUGUUCGUUUCGGAUACAGUAUCUUAUCCUGUUUUAUAUUUGAAGGUUUACUCUGCUUUAAGCAGCAAUGGCAGACGAAGAAUUGGAGGCGAUAAGGCGGCAGAGAAUGGCGGAGCUGCAGGCGAAGCAGGCGGAUGCUCCAAACAAUCAGCAGGGUGAGGAAGCUAAGCAGAGAGAAACGGAGAUGAGGAACUCGAUUUUAGCGCAAGUACUGGAUCAGUCUGCUCGAGCACGAUUAAGCAAUCUUGCAUUGGUGAAGCCUGAGAAGGCCAACGCAGUCGAGAACUAUCUUAUUCAGAUGGCACGAUUUGGAAAGCUGGGAGGAAAGAUUUCUGAGUCUGGAUUAAUUGAGAUCCUAGAAAAAAUCAGCCAGCAAACGGAGAAAAAGACAACGGUUACAUUCAACAGACGGAGGGUGAUGGACUCGGACGACGAGGAUGAUUACUGAGUUUUGACUGAAGCCCUGGAAUCUGACAAAAAAAAAGAUCCAGGAAGUGAUCUGCAUUGCCGGGACUCUGCAAAGAUCUCUGAAUUGUGUAUUUAUAUAAAAUACACACGUUUCCUUUCCUUGGAAUGGAUACAUUAAACAGAAGAACAAGGACAAUAGGUUAAUAUUUUCUGUGUUGAGGGUGGUUUCAGAAAAGUACAGAGUGUUAACGAAGGCUCUUUUGUAAUCUCUUCUCACUCAAGUUGCUACAAAUUUGUACAGCUUGUGAUGUGCCCAUGAUAGCUGAAAGCACUCUGACUCCUCUUCACAAAAUUUUCUUUAUGGUUAAAGUCUGUUUUACAAACAGAGCGAGGCAGACUGCUGGAGAUUAACUCAUCUGAACUGUUCUGUAAUCUUAUUUACUCAAAGCUAACAUCCUGGUAGCUUUGAUCAUUGCUCUUACAUAGUUUUCUUGUUGCAGACUCGUAUUGCUAAAGUUUUCAUUAAAAUAAU